CCCUCACGGCGCCACGGGGACAAUGUCAGGGCAGGCGUGUGCCCUGUGGCCCCGCAGCUGAGAGGCGGCAGAGGCCGGUGCUCCCACCCUGCGGAGCCUUGGGCAGCUGCACGCCGCCCCAGGGAGGCUUCCGUGGGGCCAGGAGGGGAGGGCUGGCCCCGGUCUCGUCGCUUGGAACAGCACCAGCCUCCUCCUGCGUCCCCAGGGAGGAGGGUGAGAGCCGGCCGUCGUCAAAGGGGAAGCUGUGGGAGGCACCCUCUCGGCGCUCAGGGAAGUGAUCCAGGUCAUAUAAAGUCACAUUUUAUCACAGGACACAAAAGCAGCAGCUCAUUACCAAGCUGCUUCUCAAGUACUCGGUGACUGCUGGUGGCUUUCUGCCUUAAGCACCAGAAGAGAAUGCUCCAAUGGAAAGGUUCCAGAAAUUCAUUUUACUUCCUCUCAUCUUAACUGCCUCACUACCAGGUCUUGGCUUUUGCUACUCUAUUAUACGUGGCCCUAGUAAUGCAACAGUCCUUGCUGGUUUGGAAGCCCGGUUUAAUUGCACAGUAUCGGAAGGAUGGGUAAUUCUCAUUUGGCUGUCCAACGGAAACCCUGUCCUCACUGUCAUCAAUCCUCAAGGAGCUGUUGAAACAUCGGACCGCUUCACCUCUCAAAAUUAUACCAGUAGCAAUGGGUUUACCUCGGAGCUGAUCAUCCACAAAACCCAGCUGAGUGACUCUGGCAAAAUUGAAUGCAGCAUCCAGCAAAAUAGUGAGAAUGGCUUUGCAUUUCUUUCUGUUCAAGUUAAUGGAACUUUAUUCAUCAAAAAUAGCACCUUAACAGUAAAAGAGAACAAAACAGUUGAAAUUGUUUGUGAAGCCAUAGGAUGGGCUCCAGCUCCAGACAUUACCUGGAUGACAAAUGGCUCCUUCAUUGAUAAGUCAAGGUAUGCUACCCAGCAAAGUCAAGGAUCUAAUGGCCUCCACAAUGCCCUGAGCACCCUAACUUUGACACCGACGGACACUGAGAUUUUGACUUGUUUAGCUGACAUAGAAGCACUCCCUAACCCUCAGAAUGCAUCUGUAACUCUUAUUUUUGCCAAUUCUACUUUAGAAAAUUAUUACAGUGAAGACAACAGAAGCACAUGGGUUAUUGUACUUGCAGUUGUGCUUUCAUUUCUUGGUAUUGUUCUUCUGAUCAUUAUUAUCGUGGUGGUUGUACGCUGCUGCUGCAUAAAGAAGAAAGGUUCUACAUAUCAAAAUGAAAUCAGAAAAGUUUCAUAUGAGAAGAACAAAGAUGGUGAUUUGCAAAACAGGCAAAGGCAUGGUAGUGAAAAUCAGGGAUAUAUUCCAGAAGAACUGUGGAACGCAGAACAAAGCUCAGGAAUUGCCUCUCUUCCCCCAGUAUCUUCAAAUUUCACUCUCCCUGCUGCAGAUUUACACAUAAGUUCUUCACGAAAGAAGUUGAUUCACUCAGGAACUUUACACUGACCUUAGAAACCUUUGGUAUCUCAGAAGUAAAUGAUGGAAAGGAGAACGUGCAGCUAAUACUUAGUCCAUCCUAGAGCUUUGCUCCCUUUCCGCAUGGCUAACAGGUAAAGAAGUAGAGCUCAGUGCUUACUCCUCUGCUUGUUCUCGUCUCAGCUACCUCUGUUCUGAAGGAUGGUGCUGGGCUCACUUAGCUUCUAGCAUAACAGCAAUAUAGAUCUUAAUUUAUGCCAUAUAUUUGUAAAAUACUUGUAGCACCUUCAUGGUGGUUUUUGCCAAUUUUUCUUGGAAAGUGGCAAUGAUGUGGUACUGAGUUCACUCCUCAACACAGUGAUAACUCAUUUGUAUUUGAAGAGCUGUUUCAACAUGUGCAAUCCAUAAAUCUGUCUUGGGAUGACAUGGCAUAUAAAUCGUAGCAGAGCGUGUCUAGUUCUUUUGGCACACAAUGAAAUUUAGGAAGUACUCAGUCAAUGAUUAAAACAAUAAUCAAAAUAGUAGGAGUAACAAUAAUAGCAAUGAUACUGAUGUAUUUGUGGCUGGUGGUUAUUAUAUUUGACACUAAUUACCUGUCAAAAAAUACUAUUAAAGCAAAGCUGAAAAGCAUGUACAGAACAGAUUCAGUGUGGAUCUGUAAGGUUGAGCAAUAGUUUGAGACAGUGUUUGAUGUGCUUAUGAACAGGACUAUAAGGCACUGGCUAUGUUUACAUGCGCAAGGCAUAUGGCACAUUAUGGUCUGCUCUGAGAAACGAAAGAGCUUUUGCUGAGGAUUCUGUAUCCACCCUAUACAUGUUUCAGGGGGAAGCAAUAACUUCAGUUAGCCUUACCUGUUUCCCAGUGACUGGGUGCUCAUUGGUGGUUGAUGUGCACUGGCUGUGAAUUAAGCUAUCUGGUGUCAUCUGAAAGGUAGCCAAAUUGAGUGCUCUCAGACAGCUUCAUAGGGAGAAUUGUAGUGUUGUGAGUCAGGACCAACAGGAGACUGUGUUCACAAGCAUUGAAUUGAUGCUCCUGAUUCAAGCUGAAACGUGAAUGUAGGUGCAGCACUCUAUGUCGAAUACUAGUUUAGGUGGCCUAGAAGGUCUCUUGCAACUCAGUGGCUAGGGAAAAACAUAGAAAUCCACCACAGGCACAAAGCAUAAAGUUGAACUGUUUCUGUUAAACCAGUUGUCUCUGGCAGUGUUCAAGGCCAGGCUGGAUGGGGCUUUGAGCAUCCUGGUCUCAUGGAAGGUGUCCCUGCCUGUGGCAAGAGGGUUGGA